AUGACAAGAGAAAUCAGCGGCCAGCGUCGUCUUCACCGUGCCAGCAGCCGCAACGGCACGAACGGGACACAUGAGGCCAUGGUGAGCGACUCCACUCCAUCUGCGCCGGGAGUUGAGACAUUAGACGUGCUGAUUAUUGGCGCUGGGUUUGCUGGGGUGUACUUGCUCUACCAACUCAGAAGACGGGGCUUCACGGUGCGAGCGGUGGAGAUGGGCUCUGACCUGGGUGGCGUUUGGCAUUCCAACAGAUAUCCAGGUGCCAGAGUUGACACGCAGUAUCCUGUCUACUGCUACUCUCUUCCAGAAGUCUGGGAAGACUGGACUUGGACAUGUGAAUAUCCGGACCAGGCCGAGCUGCAGAGGUAUUUCCACCACGUUGACUCUAAACUGGGUAUCAGCAAGGACGUAUAUUUCAACACCAAGGCAACAGGGGCCAGGUUCGACGAGGGCACAGACACUUGGACGGUCAGCUCGGCCACGGGGAGAACAUUCCAAUCACGAUACUUGAUUGCAUCCACGGGGUUCGCUGCAAAGCGCUAUAUCCCCGAAUAUAGCGGCCGUGACUCCUUCAAGGGGAUAAUGCACCAUAGUUCGUUUUGGCCACCCGAGCCAGUGAACGUGAAGGGCCGGCGCGUUGGAGUCUUGGGGUCCGGUGCUACUGGCAUCCAAAUUACUCAAGAGUGGGCCGACGAGGUUGGUGAAACGGGCAGUGUUAAAAUGUUCCAGCGGACACCGAACCUCUGCUGUCCCAUGGAGCAGAAGGCCUUGACACUUGAGGAGCAGGCAGCCCAUAAAGUCAAGUACCCAGAGUGGUUUGAGCGCAGAUGGCAUACUUUCGGUGGAUUCCUGUAUGAACCGAGGAAUUCUGCUUCAUCUGACCAUCCACCUGAGGAGCGCCAGGCUCUGUACGAGGAACUGUGGAGCAUGGGGGGGUUUCGCUUUUACAUGAACAACUAUAACGACAUCUCACGGGAUCUCGACGCCAACCGAGAGGCCUACAAUUUCUGGCGUGAUAAGAUUCGAGCCCGCGUCAAGGACAAGGCAAAGGCAGACAUACUGGCGCCUAUGGAGCCACCGCACCCUUUCGGGGCCAAGCGCGUCGCCUUGGAGCAGGGGCUGUACGAGAAGUUCAAUCGCCCAAAUGUCGAUGUCGUGGAUAUCAAAGCACACCCAAUCAUUGGGUUCGAGCCCGAGGGGAUUCGCACCGCAGAUGGCACCGUCCAUGAGCUGGACGUUCUGGCCGUUGCAACAGGAUUCGACUCGUUGACCGGCGGAAUCAAGAACAUCGCGAUCCACGGUCUCGGUGGGAAGGCCCUGGUGGACAAGUGGGCUGAGGGAACCCAUACGUACCUUGGAAUGGCAACAUCGGGAUUCCCAAACUUCUUCUUUACAUAUGGGCCGCAAGCCCCGUCCGCGUUCAGCAACGGGGCCGCGUGUAUUGAACUCCAAGGGGACUGGAUCGUCAAGGCUCUUGUUGACAUGCGACUCCAAGGUCACCAGAGAAUCGAUGCCGACGGCGCUGCAGAGAUCGAAUGGAAGGUUGAAAUCAACCAACUCAGUGCGAAAACCCUACGCCACUACACGGAUUCCUGGUACAACGGUGCAAAUAUCCCGGGCAAACCGAAGGAGCCCCUCAACUACUCCGGUGGGCUUUUGAAGUAUCGGGAAACACUCCGCACGGUGCGAGAGCAGAACUACAGGGGAUUUACGUUGGAAUAA